AUGGUUAUUAGUUAUUAUAGUGAACGCGAUAUUAUAUGUCUAUCUGAGAAUGAAUGUACUGGUAGAAUAUUUAAUACAUCAGAGAUCGUUUUUACAUGUUUAUCCAAUGUUGUAAUCAAUGAACUUCCAUUAUACAAUUAUACUACUGAUGAAUUGGCAAAAAUAACAUCAAUUGCAGUAAAUGGUGUUGACGACACUACCCGAGGUCCGUUUACAUCGAUUCCUCCAAAUAUUUGUUUAUUACCUAAUUUAAAGAGUAUCGAUUUUUCAUAUAAUCACAUUAAUCAAGUCGAUCCAGCGAAUGUAUUGAGUGAUUGUUUAUCUGGUGUGACUACAUUCGAUGUUAGUGAUAAUAAUAUAUCUGAUUUUCCAUCUGCUAUGAUUUAUAAUAUGCCAACAUUACAGAAGCUUUAUUUUCAAUAUAAUCAACUUACUGAUGUACCUGGCAAUGCUUUUUUCAAUUUAUCAGAUUUAGCAAUAAUUGAUUUUUCGUAUAAUUCUUUGACAACUUUUGAAUUAUGGGCUUUGCUAGUGAGUACAAGUGCAAAUUUUAGCAACAAUCUAAUUUCUACUAUAACGAAUACCGUCUUUUAUAAUAUAUCUGAAUAUACAUUGUCAGACGCAAAAAUUUAUCUCACUAAUAAUAGCGCAACUAUAAAUUUAACUGAUGCCAUAUAUGAAAUGUAUAGUUCAUGUAGUGAAGUUUAUUAUUGGCUCAAUUCAUCAACACCAGAUGAACUAUUAAAUAAACCAAUCUUGAGUUCGGCUAUGUCGUAUUUUGAUUUUGGGACAACUAGAAUCAACUGUAGUUGUGAUCAAUCCUAUAUUGUGCCAAUGAUUCACGCGAUUUUUGCUGCUGCUGAUCCAGCAGCAAUUUCAGGAAUACCAAUAUACAGCGCAAAAUGUACUGAUGGUAGACUAUUUGUUAACAACACGUGUAAUUUUGAUAUUAACCUACCUAAUUCAUCUGUCGACUUUUCAAAAGUUUAUCCAAGACAAUGCAAAAUCUAUCAAUAUGAAUCUAGUGAUCUGACUAAUAUUCCAAAUAUUAGUGAUCCCACAAUAACUGUGUCAACUUAUCCACACUACGAAACAAAAAUGAUGGAUCCAGGUGCAUGUUUCUUUACUUUUUCGGAUGCGGCUACAGUAAGAAUUAAGUGUACAAAAGACAUAUCAAAUUCGUCGACUAUUCCUUCCGAAUUACUCUCAAGCGAUUAUUUUUCUAAUAUUACACGUGCUGAUUACGGUCGUUCUAUCUCAUCAUUACCUUCGUAUAUUUGUUCAUUACCAUCACAUGAUAUUGAUUUGAGUUUUCAAUCAUUUACAGCACUUAAUGAUAACACAUUUCCAUGUCUUGAUUGGUUUCGUUCAGUUAGCUUAUCUAAUAAUCAAAUAACAUCCGUCAAUAUGAGAAGUGGUAAUUUUACUAAUUUAACUUCACUUGAUCUUUCAUCAAAUGGACUUACAGGAAUUCCUUAUUCAAUUCUAAUACCAACACCAAGUUCUUUACGCUUUCUUGAUUUAAGAAAUAAUUCAAUUGCUUCAAUUGAUCUUUUUCUUUACACACUUAAAAAUAUUACAAUCGAUCUUAGAGAUAAUCCCAUCAAUAGUUCAAUUAUUAUCAAUCCACUAAAUGUAACAUUACCAUCAGUGAAUAAUACAAAUCCAACAAUCAAUAUAACUUUUCCAUUAUCUGUAGUCAAUACUACAUAUAUUUUCAAUGAUCAAACGGCUUUAACUGCUGGUACAUGUAAUCGUUAUGCUGUUUUAGCAUAUCGAGAUACUCUUCGAUUGGUCUACAAUAAUGUUUUGCUGGAUUGUACAUGUGCAUCUAUAAAUUUAAAAGAAAUUUUUUUACGAAAUCAAUCUAAUAUUACUGAUGAUUUUACUUGUUCUAAUGGAACUUCAGCGGAAAGUUUUAAUGCUUUAACAAUUUUCUCUUGUGGAUCAGCUGCUUUAAAUUUUUCGUCAGGAUUAUGUUUGAAUGAAUCAUUACAGGUAUGUUCAAUAUUGUAA